AUGGUACCAGCUCAGUUCAGUAUAACAGCUAAUGGUGUCCUCGUUGGGCUGGCUUCCGCUUCACAUAUGGGCGAUAUUGGAAAGUUCGUGACGAAGGUUCGCUCUUAUCUGCGCGAGGCGGAAGGCCUGCCGUUAAAGUUUGGAGGUCUGACCGAGGCUCAGGAAAUCAUGGCUAUUCACGCAGUCUUGUAUGGUGGCCAGUGUCGACUUACCGAGUCAGAAUUGAAGUUUGCGCAGGAGUGCGCUCGCCGGACGAUAGCAGGAUCUAUUGAACUCGAACCUAACGCCUUUAAUCGGCUCUUGUAUGUCGUCGCGAGCACAGCUCAUGUGGAAGGUAUCGAAGACAUCGCGGUUGAAUUGUUCCGUUAUGGCCAGAGAAAAAGCAGUGGGUUCGACGAGGUCUCAAUUGCCGGGCUCUGCAGCUCGUUGGCGAUGUUCGCCGAUCCGGGGAAUCUGAACGAAUCCUAUCGGAUGAAGGUUAAAGAGCUCAUGUCCAAUGCUCUGCAGAUUGCGGAGAUGUGGCACAAGCCGGACCACGACAGGGCUAGCACUGCUAAGCUGGUCAACUGGUUUUUGCUCUGCGCGAAAUAUGAGUGGCAGAUGCCUUUGUCAGCCUGCUUGGAAGCGUUGCUCGCCGAGACGGCACAACAUUGUCAGGGGCGGCAUCUGGGUAUCCAGUCUUCGGCUGUUCAGAAUAGCGGCCAUAAAGGAGUGCGGGAGGCCCUAGCAAGCUGUGCCACGGAGCUUCGAGUUGUCGACGAGUGGCAGUGUCCGAAGACACGUUGGUAUAUUGACGCCGCGAUUGUCGGCUCUGGAGGAGAGCCGGAGGUUCUAAUAGAGUGUCAGGGCAGAGUUCACUCGAGGAGUCCGUAUCUCCAAGCGGAUAAGCUGAGGCUGAGGAUUCUUAGAGCGAUUUAUGGGCAGGAAAGAGUGGUUGAAGUCGAUGGAGCUGGAGUGGGAUUAGCUGGGUUCGCGAACCAUUCGAGAGAGCAGGUGCGGAAGGCUUUUGAACUCUUGAAUUUGACGAACAACCAACGAGAGUCUGUUUCCGACAUGUGA